UUUCUUUUUCGAGUAACAAGAAACCGAUAACUUUCGUUUUCCUUUCAUCUUGCCGUUAUGGUCAUAUGAUGGCAGCGAAUGUAACGGAGAAAUUUCUCACAGAGGUAGUGGAACACCUGGAACCAGUUGAUGUGUUGGACCAUUUCCCGGACCUCAAAGAUGUCGAUGUUGAGAAAAUAGAACAGCUUCAGAAGAGCGGGGAAAGACAAGAGGCUUGUCAUGCUUUCCUUAAACUUAUUUUGCUGCAAGAUGAUGAAGACUUGCGGACCAACAACAUAAACAAACUGGUGAAUGCAUUCAGAGAGGAGGGUUACCAGAGAUUAGUAGAGAGCUAUGAAGAUGCAGAGGAAAGCGAUCAGAAAGCUACAACAGAGUUUAUGGAAUUCCUGUUUAAGACGACCAAACCCGAGCUGAUGAAUGAGAUGGACGCUGCUUCUCUGAUCCCAAUACUGCUAGAGAAGGGGUACAUCAAAGUGAAGGAUCAGCAGUAUCUAAACUCUCUUCAGGUGGGUGACAGGUCAGAAGCCUGCAGGGAACUGGUCAGAAGAAUCAAAAAGAAGCACAGAGACUGGGCUGUAGUUUUGUUCAGUGCCCUGAAACAGACACAACCGACCCUGGUGACCAAGUUAGAUCCCGGUGCAACCAAUGAGGAACUUGUACGGAAAGGUUUGGCGUCUCCCGACCCUGGUCCACUGACGGAACAUCAGGAAUCUGAAGAGGAGGAAUACAACUCCGACCUGGAAAAAUACGACAAUGAAGAGAGUGAAAAGUCACAGAAAAGAAAGAAAGUGCCUGAAAUGAAGUUACGUCCAUACCAGUUAGAAUUGGCGGAGAUUGCGGACAGCGGUCAGAAUACCAUCAUCUGUGCACACACUGGAACAGGCAAGACAUGGGUCGCUCUACACGUCACCAAAGAACAUCUGCUGAAGAACACCAACGGUCGUGUUGUUUUCUUGGCAAGAACGAACGCCCUUGUGGAACAGCAAUAUAAUUUAUUCCAAAAAUACUUACCAGACAGAAAGGUUUACCACCUACAUACCGCAACAAAGGAGUGUUUAGGAAUGCACUUAAUUAUUAACGACCACCACGUGUUCUUCAUGACUCCACAAAUCCUUCUGAACAAUAUCAACAACAAGCGAGUCAGUCUAGGGGAGAUAACUCUUCUGAUUCUUGAUGAGUGUCAUCACAGCAGGAAAAAAGAGCCCUACAAUAACGUCAUGAAGCACUACCUGGCCAGAAAAAGAAAAGAAGAAAACAUCCCACAGAUUGUUGGAUUGACCGCCACAAUUGGAGUGGGAGAUUCCAGUACUGAGGAUGGAGCGUUACAACACAUGCUUAGAAUUUGCGCAAAUCUGGACACUCUGGAAAUAUCCACUGUCCAAAGAAACCUGGAAGAGUUUCGGAAACAUGUCGCUGUACCAAAAGAAGAAACAAUAAAAAUGGGACAAAAAGAAAAAGACCCACUGAAGAAUCUGAUACUGGAUAACAUAGCUCAUAUCGAGGCUUACAUCGGAACGACUGACUUGAUGAAUAAUAAACAUCUGUUACCUAUGUGGAAUAAAAGGCCAGAUAAGAAGGAUGGAAAACACUACCAGAAAUGGACUGUUCACUUCCGUAACAAGGUGUCAUGUAAAUUAAGAAACAAUAAAGAACUGGUGCGAGUUAUAUACACUGCCAUGACACACCUUGCAGCAUACAACGAAGCACUGGAUGUCAAUUACCUGAUGAACAAAGAACAUGUUAUUGAACACCUGGAGAGGAAAUUUGAGGACGAUCUCAAGACUCUGGACAGUGCAAGCGAAAAGGAAAAGGAGUUCCUUCUUAUGAUCACUGAGUUUUGUAAGAAGGUUGAGAAAAUGGAAGUUGAGAUAAACCCGUAUCUGAGACUAAUGAGAGACAAAGUUGUGGAAUUGGUCAGUGAAUAUACGGAGAUAAAAGGAAUGGUAUUUGUUCAGACCAGAGCUACAGCGUUUGCCCUCGCUCAGUAUCUGACUGGGGAACUGGGGUCCUUUGGAGGAUUAAAGGCUGGGCCCUUCACGGGAACUAACUCAUCAGAAACCAGCCGAGGUAUGCCCGAUUCACAGAAAAACGAAACAUUGGAUAACUUUAAGAAAGGAAUCCUUAAUGUACUGGUGGCGACCUCUGUCGGUAGUGAAGGAAUUGAUGUUCCAGACUGCAACUUUAUAAUAACCUACAACUACACUGGAAACGAGGCUAAUGUAAUCCAAAUGAGUGGUCGUGCUCGCCAGCAGAGUUCCACAGUUGCACACAUAUCCGAUCAAGCGAUUCAAAAACGGGAGGAAAUCAGUUUACAGAAAUCUAAGUUAAUGUACGAAGCCUUCAGACGGCUCAACUCGAUGCUUCCAAAUGAUCGAAGACGUAAGAUCCUCAAAUAUCAGGAGGAGAUACGUGUAGAUGGUGAUCUUUUUUCUUUGGGGGAAGAUACCCACAAGGUCAAAAAGCCAUUCCGUCUGAUUUGCUUUAAAUGUCAUGCAGAUGCAACGAACAGCGAAGAUUUGAGAAUUUAUGUUGGUCAACACCGUGUAGUGAUAAACCCAGAGUUUCGGUCUCGCUGCGACUUUGAUAAAAGUACAACUCCCUCCAGGUACACCAUUUCCACGAUAAAGUGCACCAAAUGCAAGCUGAAGUGGGGGACAACUUUCAAGAUUGACGAGUUUGAGAUUCCAGUGCUGAAGGUUGCAGCAUUUCUAUUCGACACUACUGGUGAAGAACCAAGGAAGAUCAAGAAAUGGGGCCGUGUCGAUUUUUUCAUUGAAAGCAUUAAUAAGUCAGAUCUUUUGGAGAUGUACAAAGAAACAGUGGAUGUUGAAGAGGCUGAAGAACAAUAAACACCUACUAAAACUAGUAUCACAAAACUGCAAAAGUCCUAAUCAGAGAACCGCAAAACAUUACAUGUAAACAUGACACGUU